CUGACUAAAGUACUGAACGGCAAUGAUCUUUGGUGGAAUGCAGAGUGGAAAAUACUUGUACCCAAGAACAGUUCAAACCUAAUCUUACUGGUCACUAGUUCGUUGGUUCUGCAGUCACGGUAAGACACUCGUGGAAAAGAUCUUUUUUCAGUCUUCUUUCACUCCCACUACCAAGUAUACUAUACACCCCCUCCAACUUCACUUUACAGCCAGAUUUUCUCCUUUCCUUAAAAGAAUCCCUCUGGUCAUUUGUCUCGGCAGAUAUAUCCCGGUGACUUCGUGCUUUCCCUCGAACGGAUUCGUCAUCUGCCGCCCACAUCGAGCCGAUCAGGCGCCCAUAUAUUCCCGCUCCCUACCGGGGUGUUUCCAGCCCACCAAGGGAUUGGCACAAUGGAUACGACGAUUCUUCGUCGCAAAGAUACCACCAAGGGUCCUCCCUUGCGGAUCUUAUCAUUAGAUGGUGGCGGCGUCCGCGGUUACUCGAUGCUCAUCAUCCUCCAGGAACUUAUGUAUCGCGUGUACGUCGAAUGCGAAGGCAAAGCCCCUCGUCGCGAUGAAAUUCCCAAACCCUGCGAUCACUUUGAUCUCAUUGUCGGCACCGGCACCGGCGGCUUGAUAGCUCUUAUGCUGGGCCGUCUACGACUCGAUCUUGAAACCUGCAAAGAAGUCUACGUACGCAUGACCCGUAGGGUUUUCGAAACGGACAAGACCUUCGCUGGGAUUCCUUUCCGGUCAACCUUAUUUAAAGCCUCGAGAUUGGAAGACGCUAUUCGCGAGUGUGUACGCGAACACACCGUUUUCGAGGCCGAGGGAAAUGAUUUGUCGCCCGGCGCUCGCACAUCUUUUGCCAACACACCAUUCAGCCCCAACUCGAUCCCCCAGCGUUCUGGUAGCCGUGCCAGUUUCAGCACCGCUGGUUCGCAUUCUUCAAACCCCAGUCAGCGGAAUUCAACGUUCAUCAAUGGUCUACGCUGGGGUAAUCCAGAUGCGCUGCUGUACGACAAUCGGGAGUACCGCACGAAAACGGCGGUCACAGCAUUGUAUAAGGGCACUACACGCAACGGAUCCGCUGUACUCUUACGUUCUUACGACUCCCGGAAAGAACCCCCUCCAGAGUUUAACUGUACAAUCUGGCAAGCUGGCCGGGCAACAUCAGCCACUGGGCUUGCUUUUAAACCAAUUCAGAUUGGACAACAUGUCUUCAUCGACGAGGGUGCCGGCACCUAUAACCCUGCGCCGCAGGUCCUGGAUGAAGCGACAGUCAACGAGUGGCCCGGUCGCGAAGUUGGAGUGUUUAUAAGCGUUGGUACAGGUAAACGUCCACCUGGUACGAACAAUCGACAGCAUGAGUGGUGGGAGGACUUCUUUGGCGAUGCGCUGGGUACAUUUGCAGAGGCGCGCCGUCGGCUGAUCGCUAAGAUCGAGGGCUGUGAAGAUAUCCACAAGGAUAUGCUCCGGGAGCAUCUGGCCAAGCGUAACGUAGUUAAAGAUAACUACUACCGCUUGAAUGUCGAAGUGGGUGUGGGGGAGUUUGGUAUGAACGAAUGGAAUCGAUUGGCGGACAUCAGCACCAACACUCGUCGCUACCUCACCAGGCCUGAAGUGAAGAAGCAAAUUCUUGAUGCCGGUGUUAAGUUUGCUAGAAUCGAACGCAUGCACCGUCGGGCGGCGGCGCAUACGGCUGCUGGAAAUGAUAUAACCAAUUUCCCAGAUGACAGUUCCAUAACCCAAAGUCCAAGACUUUCUGUCGUGCCGCCUCCAAUUCCAGAUGCAGUGGAAUUGCCUGCUGAGCUGCCAGGCGAUUUUACCCUGCUCUCACCAGCAGGGCCGCCCCCACCCCCGAUGAACGACGAUGUACUCCCAGUUCAUCCUGUCUCACAGGAUACAGUUUUGCCAACACCGGCGCGGGGUUCAGUCAGUGAUCUGAGCGACAUCAGCCGACCCAGCUCACAACAACACGGGUCCCCGCGACGAAGCACGGAUCAUGUGCACGAUGGCAUGCCGCCACCAGUACCUCCAAAGACUCCUAUCCCAUACCCCAGUGAGUUGGGAGGCAUUCCAAUGCCCACUCCAUUGGUAACUACGACAGGUCCUCUGGGGCACGGAUCAAAUGGAAAGAUUCGACCGCCCUAUCCAGUGGAUGAGCUUCCACCUGUGGUCAACAAGCAGCGAAAACCAAGUUAUCACGUGCGCUAGGUCUCUCUUCUGGCCUAUUUUUUCAGUUCAUUUUAUUUAUUUAUUUUCCCUGGGAUUUCCCGGUUUCCUUUGUUUGUUCAAUUUGAACGUCACGAAGUAUCCGCAUGUUCUUGAUGGGCGUCAUGUAUAAUGAAUGAGUGGGAUUGUUUUCUCUGGAUGCAGGGAGAUCCAUGGUUAUAUUAAUUCUCUUUUUCUGCAUUUUCCUCUUGAUGAUUUUUUUUCAAGGAACUUCCUUAUGACUGUGAUUGUGUUUCAAGUGUGAUGAUGAUGAGCAUUGUUAUUAUACCCUUUUAAGUUAAUCUCGGAUUGGU